GAUGCAGAGGUGUGUGAUGCUAACUCAUUGCCUUGCAGACUUCGAUCUGCUUCGCUUCAUCAGGGACUCGAUUCCACAGAGACCGAAUGGGAGGGGGAAGAAGAAAUGCGAGACAUGAACGAGGGCGUUUUAGGUGCCCCAGUGCCUCCAGAUUCUGCGAAGUUGGGAAUGAAAGAGCAAUUAAAGUUUAAAUUGGAGAAAUCAAAUAAUCAGCGCAGGGCAAAUACAGUUGCUUCACUCAGAAGAAACCAAUUUUCCUUGCCUUCUGGAGCAAUCGCAGCUACUACAGAUCUGAGUCAUUUGCUUUCUCCUCGACAUAAUCGAAUCGGAAACACCAGUCGUUGGGUCAAGCAGGGAUAG